GACACGCUUGUGACGCUGAAUGACGCAGUUGGCCGAACUGAUAAGCAUCUCAUGUGGUGAAUAUAAGGCGGGGAAAACUUUCCAGUUGCAGCACAGAAGCUGCAGCAGCGAAACAAUCGCGUCUUAACAGCAGAGAAUCAUCAUGCAGCUUACCUUGAUCCUCACGGUAUGCUUAGGGGUUAUCCUGGCGUCGGCCCCAAGUGAUGGCGUCCCUGCUUACUUUACGGCGUCCCCGAUGAUUUCAUCCCGGUGCCCUAUGCCCCCCGGACCCUAUCCUCAUUACAUGGCCAACCCAGCAGACUGUGGUUCCUUUUACAUGUGCUCCUGGAAUAUUGCCUUCCUCAUGGAUUGUCCUGCAGGCCUCCAUUUCAAUACAGAACUUGAAGUCUGCGAUUUCCCGAUUAACACUCAUUGUGCUGCUGCCGCCGCCACCAAGGCUCACGUACAAGAUACAAACACCACCACUACUGCCAUCAACGACGCCACUCAUGCCCCUGCAGACAUGAUCACCACUACCGCCCCAGACUACGACACCACCAUCUAAGAAUGGAGGCUAUGACACCACGAGUAAUCGCGCUGAAUGUAAGGCUGAAGAGGGACAUGGUAAACAAGGUCUAAAAUGUGUGUACUUUAGAGACCUUGGUGGUAAGAGUUGAUUGGAGAAAGGUCAGCCGUGGACUGCAAUUGUAUGUGCCUGGCGACUUAAAAUUAAUGAUUUUGUGUGACGGAAGAAAUUCUUUCUGACGCUCUUGACUCGUGAUCUAAAAACGUUAUGACGAUCUACAAGGAACUAUGUAUCUCCCAUUUUACGUUACCUUUGUACGAGUGAAAUUUUAAUAUACGUUUAUACAAUU